GCCUUGUCCCAGUCAAGACUCGGUUCGUUUAGAAACAAAACAAACUUGAGUUGAAAACGGCGAAGAAACGACAAAGUGCACUGUUCCAGUUGUGAAAUUGUUGAUCGUCCAUUUUUGCCGGGUGUCGUCUGCAAGAGCUCUACAAUUUUGAAACUUAUUACAACGUCAAUGAAUGCAACUUGAAGAAAGUUAUGCCUGUUAGGGACAAACUGCCUCCCAGCGAAAUGCUGGAGUCCAUCCUGUUCAGUGGGGGGAGUGAAACAUCCUUCUCCUGCAGAGUGGAGUCAUAUCUGGACCAUGCAGAGGAAAACGGACCUCAGGACUGCUCAAAGAGAUUGAUGGACAGACUCCAUUAUCUGACCAAAAAGGAACUUGAUGCACAGAACUACCAGCAUGUCACCCAACUCUUGCACCUGGUGCAGGUCAUAGCUGGCUUCACAGAGUUUGAUGAAGGGCUGCCUGUCCUGUUGGAGAACAAACUUCCUGACAUGAUUGAGUUGGUAUUCAAGAAAGCUGUAUCAGAGUCACUCAAGAUUGGGACACUCAGCAAGCCAAUCCAGAUGUCCAUGGAACAAGUCAUGGACACAAUAACAAGUAUUGCUGAAUACAACAUGGAAGGGAGGAGAGCAAUGUUGACUGUUUUGGCCAUUCCCCUGGCCAAGUUUGUGUGUGAGAUCAAGGCGGAUUUUGGCCUGAGACUCGAGGCAGGUAGAACUCUCAAUGUCCUUCUCCAAGGUAUCACAUCUACUAUCAGGCAUGAAUACAAGGCCUCUCCAGGGAUGAAGGCUGUGAUGAAGAACCUAGCGACACUCAUCCAGGGUGCAGGAGAUUUUGAGCUCCAGAUCACGACCCUUGAGGCCCUAUUCCGCAUGACGAGCAGGGCAGACCGAGAAACCGUAGCCAGGGAGUGGUUCCCAGAUCCAGCUGUCAACAGUGCCAUGCUUCAUAUCAGGGACUCUGAUUUUGAAACUGAUUGCCGUAAAUUCCUGAAUGUGCUAAACAAGUCCCUGGGAGCAAAGAGAAGUGUAUUUUCCUUCCCAUGCCAUGGGGCCUACUUAGGGACUGAAAAGCUUCAGCAACCUACAGAUGAGAACCUGACUGACUUUUGGGUGGACUUCAACACCUCAAGCCACAGUAUUUCCCUCUUUGUGGUGGACAAGAACAAUGUAGACCAGGAUGAAGCUGAUGGUUGGGAGACAGUUGUCAUCAAAGCCAUGGAUGUCAAAUUCUACAUGCUCUCAGAGAGUAUGGGUGGCAUCAGGCUUGAGAUGGUCCUACUAAAACCUGCUUGUGACAUCUCCGAGGUCUGUUUAGAGUCCAACAGAGAUAAAACUGCUAUCUUGGUACUCAAGAAGAACUCAGACAUCCCACGUGCCUUGGAACUCAGCCUGGGCAAGAACAAGCAACGGCAAAAGCCCCAUGUAUCCAUGGCAGGCACACCCGUGAGAUUCAGCACCUAUGCUGCAGCUGACAGCUCUGUGAUGGAGGAUGAGGAGACCCAAUCACAGUCAGGGAAGGAACCUCCACAGCCACAAACAGCUCACAAGGAUCUCCCUGUACCCAGAACCAAAGUGUCUGUUCCUGCACAAACAAUAAGAGUGGCCUCCCACAUCGCAUCUCCUGCACAGGUCCCAGGCUCUGCUGCAAAACCAGCAGAAAAACACAAGACUGAAAGCCACUGCUCGGUGACUUCUUCUACCCCAAGAACUCCUUCAGGGAAGAACACUGGGGCUGUGCAGAAAAGGAAAGUCAAGACUCCACUGCAAAUGGUGACUUCUGCCCAAGUGAGUUCCUCUCAGAAGCCUGGUGUGAAGGUUUCUGUACCGCUGACUUUCAUCCGUCUGGGAAGCAGCCAGGAGAGGAGACAACAGGAAGAAUCAGACAGACCUAAGACCAAUGAUGAUGUAGAGGAGGUUGUGCCCAGUUCCUGCCCGAUGGAAGAUAAUGUGGCUAUGCCAGACUCUCAGAUGUCCCAUUCCAAGAGCUACGUACCUGAAGCCAUAAGAGAUACUGCAGACUCCAUUGAAGAUGUAGACCCUGACCAGGCACUGUACAUCAAAGCCAGGCUCAGGGCAUCUGACAGCCCUGCCCUGAGCACAGUGACUGAGCGUACAGAGAGCAGCCGUGCCAGUACCCACUCUCCUCCUUCUGCCAAACAGAGGCCUUCCAUCUCCAUGGAGCCCAUAUCAGAAGAACAAAACUUUCUGGCAAAGAAAGACCAAGUCUCCAGACAGCAAAAAGACAAGGCAGCAAAACCUCCAAAGAAGAAGGCAAAGGUUGCUCAUGAAGAAGUUCCAUCAAGUCAGCAGUCUGAGGCUGUUAGGAGACGUCCCCGUAGAGCUGCAGCUCAGGCUGCCCUCAGUCAGCUUCAGCAUCUCAGCCAAGAUGUGGUCAUUCCAGACUCACAGCCAAUAGAUCCUCUUCCAAAGCCUGUCAAGGGAAGGGCCAUGGCUACUAAGGGUAAGAAAGGAAACUCAUCAAUGCCAGCAACCACCCAGAGGUCCCCGUAUGAUUUUGGUGAAGACAAUGACAUGGCACGAAGGACUGAUGAGCUAGCCAUGGAUACAGUGAUCCCAGACUCACAGCCAAGCCAGCCACAAGAGAAUUGUGGUGGCAGCAGAGGACAAGAUGGAAAAGAAAAGAGCAAAUGGGGCAUGAAGAAAUCGGAAGGAUCAUCUUCCCAUAAACAAGGUAAGCAGAAGACACAAAGUCAGAAGAAACAAGCACCAAGAGUAGCAGCGUCACCAUUUUCACCCCUGUCCCAAGACUCUGCACUUGACUUUAAGAUGAAACAGCUGGGACCUCCAGGAAGAAAAGUGAUGAAAGAGAAGAGUGAUUGGGAUGAUUUUGGAUCACCAAGGUCUAUUGAGUCAAUGGACUCCUCCAUCUAUGAUUUCAAAGAUGAUGAUCAAUCCUCAUUCCAGCCUAGCGGAAAACAAUCCUCCAGAGCUAAAUCUCAGAAGAAUGCACCUAAAGGGAAGGCAACCCAAAAGCCGAAACCUAGAGUCCCGGGCAAGAAAAAGGGGCAGAGUGAUGGCAACAGCAGCUGUGGUGCAAUCUUGAAAUUCUUCACUUCAAGGAACAAGAAGACACUGCAGGGAUCAUCAUCACAGGAUGAUUCUACUGAAGACAUAAACACCACAACUGCCACAAGUGAUUCUGAUGAUAAGAGAGAGGCUUCACCAAAAGGAUGGGAGAAGAUAGGGUCUGGCGCAAAAGAAGGGAAGACAGGGAUGAAGGUGACAGCAAGUACAAGAGGAGAGAGUCAUCUGAAAAUAAACUACAUGAAUGAGAACUUUGGUUUUGAUUUUGAAGAAGAUGAACAGCCGAUAACAUCACAGAAGGUCAAAAAGGAUGAAAACAAAGAAAGCAAGCACUAUUCUGCAGGGCUGUCUGAUAGUGAUGCACCGCUGAAAAAGAAACCUCGCAAAAGGGCAACUGGAGAAGAGUCAAGCUCAAGAAACAAAGGACCACUAACUGAUACUACAAAUACCACUGCAAAGCCAAAGAAAGCAAUGAUGGGAAGUACCAAGAACAAUGGAGGAAAAGCUGAAAGACCAAUGAGCAAAGGAGGUGCAAAGUGGAAAGGUGUGAUUGAGACACAAGAUACAGAGGAAGACACGUCCGAUGCAGAGUUGAUGCGAGAGGCAGACGUCCCUUCACCAAUGGUGACCGGGUUCUUCCCAUCCCCUCCAGAGGAAGAUAAAAAUGAAGAAAGAGAAGACAAAGAUGACAGAAAGGAGACUACAAGUCACAUCUCCUUCAGCAAAGAGUCAUUCUAUGGCUCCAAAUCUCACAAAAAGCAGAAACUGCCAUCAUCAGCAGGCACGUCAAAUCGCAGCAAAGUUUCUGAUGCAAAGAAAGCCCAGCAAGAGAAGGAGGAGAUGUUGGCAAAGGUGACAAAGCUAGCAGAAAAGUACACCAAAAGGAUGCAGGAGAAAGAGGAGGCUCGAGCUCAACAGCCAACUGACAGUGUUCACAUUGAAGAGUACCAAAGCCAACCUGUGGAGGAGAUGAGCCCCUCAUUGGAGUCAGAUGAUGAUGAUGAGAGUCACACACACUCAAGUCUUGUCCAGAAAUCAAGCAGCAAAGCUAAGCCUCGCAGUUCAAGGAAAGCGCGUCAAGGAACAUCCAUCUUUGACACCACUGAUGAAGAUGAUAGUCGAACAGAGAGAAGUUGGCUCCUGUCCAAGUCCAAACAGAAGCCCAAACCUGAAAUCAAUCACCAGUAUGGCAAAGAUAAGAAGAAGCUUUCCAAGCCUAAACUUCACUGGGACCAUGACACAGAGUCCACUGCAAGUAGCUGGACUCCCAAUAAAGCUAGAGAGAAGGCUACACAAAAGGAGAGGAAAAAACCAAAGAAGGUAGGAAAACAGCCAAAGAAACCAGCUAAAGGUGCCGCACACAAUGACCCCUUUGGCUUUCAGGAUGAGAGCUUCCCAUCCCUGGAAAUAGAAAGGAGCAAGCCUUUUACUACAGAAUACAGUCAUACAGAAGAAUACAAGGAAGUGGCCACUAGGAAGAAAAAUGGCAGACGAGUGAGAUCUGACAAGGCCUACAAAGAAGACAGUGAUUCUGAUAUCGAUAAUGACAACUAUGACAACAUGAAGUUCAAGGCAUCAACCCCAAGGUCUCCUGUAGACAAAAAGAGGAAGACAAAGUCCUCAGCUAGUCACACAACCUCUGAUAGUACCGGACAUGAAGAAACUACCAGUAUGGGGCUUUGGAACAAGGAAGAACACAGGAAACAGAAGGCCAGCAGCAGGCGGUUCCUUGACGCUGUACAUGUGGAGAUCUUAAAGACUCCUAAACAGCCAACAGCCCACAGGAACGCAACUCCACAUAAGAAGAAGGGCUACAAAGAGCUGAAAGUCAGCGUCAACAAAACCCCCAUAACUCCAAAGUCUGCAAAAGAGAUGGCAAAAGCCAAGUCCAGCCGAGGGCUUGAUCUGAACAGCAGUUUUGACCCAGACCGCUGGGUGGACAGUGAUGUGCCAGGGUUCCUGUCUGACAGUCAGAGUGACGGGCAGUCUGGCUAUCUGUCUGAGAGCAGUGAAGUGCCUGGUUUCCUCUCGGGGAAUGAGAGCGGCUUCCUGACAGAGGAAGACAACGAAGUUGUUCAUAACGAGUUGAGUUCCAUCUUGCCAAGUGGAAACUGCCUGGCCAGCAGUAAUGUGACUGAAGACAACGUCCCUGCCUCCCCCUGUCUGUCAGUCAUCACACAUAUCUCCAGUGUCAAGAGCCACUUCACAGGAUCCUACAAAGCUUCUGACAAGAUGUCCAUUUCAUAUGAAGCUGAUGAAGAAGAUCAUGCUGAUGGGAAGAGCACCACCAUUGCCAGCAUUGUCUCCGGCAAGUCAUUCUGUUUCAAUAGAUAGUUGCUGUUCUGUUAC